CUCGGUCAGAGCACCAAAGGCGACUUGAAUCUCAAUUUUGAAAUAGAUGCUCAAUCAACUUUAGAGGGUCCAAUUGAGGAGGUGGCCAGGGUGGAAGCUCAAGAAGCUGAGGACUUGCUUAACCACUUGGGGAUUCAGAGUCCAUUUUCUUCAAGACAUUCUCGCCGUGGCAUAUUUUGUAGCCGCACAUUGAAUCUUCGGUCAAUCAGUGCCAUUGGAUAUGACAUGGAUUACACAUUGAUGCAUUACAAUGUGAUGGCAUGGGAAGGACGGGCUUAUGACUAUUGUAUGGAUAAUCUAAAAAACGUGGGUUUUCCAGUUGCUGGACUUGCUUUUGACCCAGACUUGGUAAUCAGAGGCCUUGUUAUAGACAAAGAGAAAGGCAACUUGGUUAAGGCUGAUCGAUUUGGUUACGUGAAGAGGGCAAUGCAUGGUACAACAAUGCUAUCAACUCGAGCUGUCAGGUAUGUUCUGAAUCUUUUCAUUGUAUUGAUAUGUGGUUUGAGGAAAUCUGAGAUAACUAUUGCAGCAUUGACUGAACAUUGUCAAAUGGUGGACAUACAAAGAGCAUGCUCCAUCAAACAAGCUUAUUAAAUCUCCUAUAAAAUCUAU